AAACAAACUUCAUAUAUCACCAUUAUUUGAACAACCAAACUAAAGAAUUGACCAUGGAGAAGAAGAAUAUCAAUAACAAAAACCAUGACCAGAAAAACAAGGGUGGCAUCAUUACUAUGCCCUUCAUCUUUGCGAAUGAAAUUGGAGAGAAGUUGGCAGUGGUUGGGUUCCAAACAAACAUGAUAAGCUACUUAACACAACAACUCCAUAUGCCCAUGACUCAAGCCGCUAAUACUCUGACUAACUUUGGUGGAACUGCCAGCUUGACUCCAUUGCUUGGUGCUUUCGUAGCUGAUUCUUAUGCUGGCCGUUUUUGGACAAUAACUGUUGCUUCCACCAUUUAUCAAAUUGGAAUGAUAUUAUUGACAUUAUCCGCAAUAUUACCAAAGUUAAGACCACCACCAUGUAUAAAUGGUGAAAUGUGCCAAGAAGCGACUACAAGUCAACUAGCAAUCUUGUACAUAUCACUUUUAUUAACAUCAAUCGGGUCGGGUGGAAUACGACCAUGUGUGGUGGCAUUUGGGGCUGACCAAUUCGACGAAACAGACGAGAAACAAAAGACUAGCACAUGGAAAUUCUUUAACUGGUAUUACUUCAGCAUGGGAGCAUCUAUGCUAGUUGCGGUGACAGUUAUAGUUUACAUUCAAGAUAAUAUUGGAUGGGGUUGGGGUCUUGGUGUUCCAUCUAUAGCAAUGGUUUUUUCGAUCAUUGGGUUCGUUAUUGGGUACCCGUUGUAUCGCAAUAUGGAUCCUUCGGGUAGCCCGUUUACUCGGUUGAUACAAGUUUGUGUUGCAGCUUAUAAAAAGAGAAAGUUGCCUAUGGUUUCUGAUGCUAAGUUACUUUAUGAGAAUGAAGAGCUUGAUGCAUCUAUUUCUAUUUCAGGAAAGCUUCUUCAUACUAAACAAAUGAAAUUUCUGGACAAGGCUGCCAUUGUAACGAAAGAAGACUUCCCAAAAGGUCAAGAAAAACCCGACUUAUGGAGGCUAAACACGGUCCAUCGGGUCGAAGAACUAAAGUCAGUGAUAAGAAUGGGCCCGAUUUGGGCCUCUGGGAUUUUUCUAAUCUUAGCUUAUGCACAACAAAACACUUUCUCCCUACAACAAGCCAAAACAAUGAACAGAAGUCUGACUAAAUCCUUCCAAAUCCCAGCAGGCUCAAUGACAGUUUUCACCUUAACCUCAAUGCUAACCACAAUAGUCUUUUAUGACCGUGUUUUCGUGCCCAUUACACGUAGAGUCACAGGGGUACAACGGGGAAUAACCUUUUUAACUAGGAUGGCAAUUGGCUUAGCAAUAUCAGUUUUUGCCACAUUAGUAGCUGGAUUCAUUGAAAUAAAACGCAAAAAUGCCGCUUUUGCCCAUGGCUUGACUAACUACCCUCACGAAACUAUUCCUAUAUCAGUCUUUUGGUUAGUGCCUCAGUAUUGCCUUCAUGGGAUAGCUGAAGCAUUUAUGUCAAUUGGGCACCUUGAGUUUUUCUAUGAUCAGGCUCCUGAAAGUAUGAGAAGCACCGCGACUGCAUUGUUUUGGAUGGCAAUUGCUGCUGGAAAUUACUCUAGUACACUUUUGGUGACCAUGGUGCAUAAACUUAGCGCGGGUCAAGAUGGGUCAAACUGGCUCCCGGAUGAUAAUUUGAAUAAGGGAAAGUUGGAGUACUUUUACUGGUUGAUCACAUUGCUUCAAGUUGUUAAUUUGGUUUACUAUUUGUUUUGUGCAAAAUUCUACACUUUAAAGCCUGUUCAGGUUGCUCAAAGAGUAGAUGAAAAUGGUGUUAAGGUUAAAGGUGAUGGGAUUCAGCUAGGAACCAAUGUUUAAUUUGGGUCUUACUGAUGAAUGCACAUUUGUUCAUUUGCAUUCUCUUUUGGAUAGAGAUACAAAGAACUAGAAAUUAGAAAGUGUGUAUGGAAGUAAUUUUAGUCAGAAUUGACAUACGUAACUAUGUAAGUAAGUUAUGCUAUCCAAUAUUACUACUGUCAUAUUACCAAGUAAUAAAAAUAUGCAUAGUGGUUAUUUGUUUA